CUGACAAGUACAUUAAGAUGCCACUCAAUGACGGGCGACCCUCCACAUCCACGAGCGAUGACCAGAACAGCGACACUGAAUCCUCAGAGCGAUGUGACAGCAUGACUUCAUCCAGUGACACUGAAUGUUCCCGACAGAGCUUUACCAGUGACUCCUCCAGCAAGCGCAGCUCCCCUGCAACAAGCCCUCCUAAAAUGGUUACAUUUGAUGACCUUAUGACCUCUGCAAGAGACCUGUCUAACCUGAGAUUGGCACAUGAAAUAGUAAUGGUCAAAUUUAACAAUGCUGUAAAAUGUUUAUCUGUAAAAUCAUUCAACAUGACUGAGGCACUUGAAAAUGUAAGUGCUCAAAUUUGCACUGAGCUGAAUAAGUCUCUGACUGAGCGAGGUUAUCCCGCACUCCCGGCUCAAGUCCAGGUUGCUCUGACAGGGCAGAUCUGCACCAUUGAGCAUAAGGACAACUCUAUCCGUAAUCUCAUUGAUGAGAGAGUCCACUCGUACAUGAAACGACAUUACCAGAGUGCAUUGCACGGAAACUGA